CACUUCUCAAAUUUGAAUUUACUUGUUGGAAUCGGCUCAAAUUAGAGAGAUCGCUAAAUAACAAUAAUCAAUAACAUGAAUAUAAUCCGUUCUGCCCGUUUUAGCGCUUCCACGUUGAUUCCAAAAAACUGCAGGUCAGUAGUACGGUCAAUAUCUUCAACUGAGUUGACCAAACUUGAAGUAAAUGAUAAAACUGGUAUUGCUGUGCUAACCUUGAACCGACCACCAGUGAAUAGUUUAAAUCUUGAGCUGCUAACUGAUAUACGCAACUCAAUUAAAGAUGCUGAAAGCAACAAGUGCAAGGGGCUUAUACUCACAUCGUCCUCAAAUUCAGUAUUUUCUGCCGGCCUGGACUUUUUGGAGAUGUAUCAACCGAAGGAAGAACGGUUAAAGAGUUUCUGGACCGCGCUGCAAAGCACUUGGAUGACACUAUAUGGCUCGAAAAUACCAACUGCUGCUGCUAUUAAUGGUCAUUCACCGGCAGGCGGCUGUUUACUAGCCACAUCUUGCGAAUAUCGUGUCAUGUUACCCAAAUUUACGAUAGGUUUGAAUGAAACCCUCAUAGGCAUUGUAGCGCCCAGUUGGUUCAUGAAUUCAUAUCUUAAUGUACUGCCACGGCGAGUGGCCGAAUUAGCGCUGACUCAAGGUAAAAUGUUCACUACCGCUGAGGCGCAACAGGUGGGUCUCGUUGAUGACGUUGUGAAUACCAAGGAGGAAGCGAUCGCAAAAUGUGAAGAGUUUAUUGGUUUAUUCAAAAAAAUCAAUCCAUACGCACGUGCCUUAACUAAGCAACAAUUUCGCAUUAGGGACCUGCAAGAGCUCGAACAAAACCGCGAGCAAGAUUUGCAAGCAUUCAUAGCUGCUAUAACUAAUCCGAGCACGCAAGCGGCGAUGGGUGCGUAUUUGGAGAACUUAAAAAGAAAUCAAAAUAAUAAGUUCGUGCUUCGCUGAUUUAACCUACUAUAUAUACUUUUUUUUAUUAUAAAUAAGUGCAUAGAGCCUCCAUAUACAAACACAUAAAAAUUUACAUACAUAUUUAGCCUCAUUUAUUUUGAAAGUGUUGAUACUUUCAUGUAUACCUAUUUCGAUUACUUUUUUAUAAAUGUUUUUGUUUUUUAAGUGAAUAAUGAUAAAAUAUAUGUUUUUUUUUUU